AUGAAUAAUGAGUCUAUAAAUGGAUCAAAUAAUUCAAAUUUAAAUAAUUCAAUAUCAAAUGAUGAAGUGGGGAAACCCAAAAUUUCAAUAUCAAGAAACAAUUCAACAAGUAAAGAAAAUGGGAAUAAAAAUUCAUUAACUAGAACAUUAACCAAUAAUUUAUUAGAAAUUGAUAAAAUGAGAGAUAAAUUAGAACAAGAGACUGAUGUUUAUACAAAAGGAGUUAAAGAUACUGAUGUUGAUUGGUUUAUGAGAGAUUCUUCAAUGGAUCAAGCUUUUAAUUCAUCGACUGCUAAUAAAAUAACAACAGGGAAUAGUGAUGGAACCAAUUAUAAAUCGCCGCCCUCUUCACCUGCUAUAACUCAGACAAAUAAUGAUACUCCAAGUUCACCUUCUCAUUCUGUUAAUGCACAUUUAAGUACAACAAUAUCAAAUUCAAAUGAUGCAAUUUAUUCAAAAUCAAAACCAUCAAUUACACCAAUACAAGAAGAAAAUAUAGCGUCAAAUCAAUCUCAUGAUAAUAAUAAUAAUAAUCAUAGCAAUAAUAGUAAUAGAAGUAAUAGUAUUUUCCAAAAAACUAGAAGGAAAAGUAGUGGUGGAUUAUUUUCGAAAUUAAAAGGUAAAUUUAGUAAAGAUUCUAAUGAAUCAGUGUCAACCAAUUCUAUACCAAUACUGAAGCAUGAUACAAAUUUAUUCAAGUCUAAUUAUGAUAUGAACCACCAUAAUAACAACACUAGUAAUCCAAGUUCACCAAUAGAGCACAAAGUCGAUACUGAUAAUCAACAAGAAAUAUCAUCUUAUUUCGAUCGUCCAAAUCAUCUUCAAAGAACAAUGUCAGUACCAGCAUCAACCAAAUCAAAUCCAGAUUCAAGAUUAGAAGAAUAUAUAAAAUUUUAUAAACAAAGAGAUUCAAGACGUUCAUCCAUAGCGUCAAGAAGAUCUUCUACAACAUCAAUGGGUUCAAAUCAUAGUGAAUGUCCAUUACCAAGUGCUUUGGUAAAUGGUUAUGAUAAUAUAAAUUAUCAAAGACCAAUAUCACCAGUAACAUCUUUAACUCAAGCUCCAGAAUCAAAUUCAACAAGACUUUCCAACUUUAUUAGAAGAAAAGCUUCAUUGAAACAAGAACAACCAAAUACUUCAACUUCAUCAAUAAAUUCUUCAACACUGCCUAACACACCAAUAGAUUCAGCAUUAGAACAAGAUCCUUCAUUCAAGGGAUUAAAACCUCUUAAGAGAGUUGCAUUCCAUUCUUCAACUUUUUUAAUAGAUCCACCACAACAAAUCCCAUCGAGACAUCCAAGAAAAGGUAAUGUUGAAGUAUUAAAUAAUGGACAAGUUAGAAUAAACCCUUUAACAGAAGAAGAUAAAAAAGCAAUGGAAUUAUCACAAAUGGGUAAAGGUGGAGGUAUAGUAGUUGGAGGAACAGGUGCUUUAGGCUAUAUUAAAAAGGAAGAAGAAGAAAAUAAUAAUAAUGAAAAUAAUGACGAAGAUGAUGAAGAAUCAACAGAUUUAGAUGAUGAAAAAACAACAUCAUCAGAUGAACCAGAGGAACCAGAGGUUAGCGCACAUGCAAAAGCGAUAGCAAUAGACAAACCAAUGGUUCAUCAUCAAUCAGCUCCAAAUUAUUACUCCGGCCCUGUAAAAAAAAUGGCAUUAGAUACUAUGUAUUCAAGAUGUUGUCAUUUAAGAGAAAUAUUACCUAUUCCAGCAAUUUUAAAACAAAUCCCACCUGGUUCAUUAGCACCAUUACCUGUUUUACAAUUAAGAAAUCCUACUCCAACGAUGAUUGAAAUUCAAACUUUUGCUGAUUUUUUGAGAAUAGCUCCCGUAAUUUGUGUUUCUUUAGAUGGUGUAAAUUUAACUGUUGAACAAUUUAAAAUAUUGUUAUCUGCAAUGAGUGCUAAGAAGCAAUUGGAGAAACUAAGUUUAAGAAAUACACCAAUUGAUCAAGAAGGUUGGUCUUUACUAUGUUGGUUCUUGUCACGAAAUACAGUACUCAAUAGAUUAGAUAUUACUCAAUGUCAGAGUCUAACAGUUAAUGUUUUGAAAAAGAAGAAGAAGAAAGUAACAACAGAAACAAAUAAAUUUGAAGAACAAUUAACAAGAAUGACAUGUAAUAAAGACAAUAGAUCAGAUAUGGAUUGGUCAUUAUUUGUUGCAACAUUAGUAGCAAGAGGUGGGAUUGAAGACUUAAUUUUAACUGGUUGUUGUAUUACAAAUGUCGAAAUAUUUGAAUCCCUUAUAGAAUUAGCAGUACUGAAAAGAACAUCAAGAUUAGGUCUUGCGUUUAAUAAUUUAACUCCAAAACAUUUAAGUAUAGUUGUAAAUCAUUGGUUAUUUGAAGAUUUUGCGAGAGGUUUGGAUUUAGGGUAUAAUGAUUUUUCAAGUUCACAAAUGAUAAAAAUAUUUUUGGAUUUUACUAAAAGACCUGAUUUUUCGGAAAAAAUCAAUAAAUCAACUAUCACAUUUUUAAGUUUUAAUUCUACAAAUGCUGUUUUCAAUGAUUCAAUUAAAGAAAUGUUUGAGGAAGUUUUGUUGAAGUUACCAAAUUUGAAGUAUCUUGAUUUAUCAAACAACCAAAGAUUAUUUGGAACUUUUAAUAAUGACACUGCAGCAACUAGCACAACAGAGAACUCAGAAAUUGAAUAUAAGAAUUCAGUUGAAAGUUCAAGAGUUCAAUACUUUACGUCAAAAUUCCCCUUGUUCCCUAAACUAGUAAGAUUACAUUUAGAAAAUGAAAAUUUCAAUUCACAAUCCAUACUACAAAUUGCAAAAGUUUUACCAUUUUGUAAAAAUUUGGGUUAUUUUUCAAUACUAGGUAAUCAUAUAGACCCCACCGCGGCCAGUGCAUUAGUUAACGCUACUAAAAAUUCAAAAUCUUUGAUCAAUUUGGAUUGUAAUUCAGACAAUUUCCCAGAAUUUUUCAAGGAAAGAAUUGGUUUAUAUACUAUGAGAAAUAUGGAAAGAUUAUUAUACACUGCAAACAACAAUUCAAAUUCAACUAAUCCAAAUAGUUCAGGUACUUCAUUGUCUAUAUUAUCUGAAAAACAAAAGGAAUCUGAUUCAUUAACUGAACAACUACAAGAAAUUCUUUCACUAAAAUCACAGCAAAAAUUAGAUUUAUCAUCACCAGAAGUUAUUAAAUUUUUCGCAAAAGCUCAAUCUAUAAGACACGAAUUAAAAGAAUCAAUAGACGAACUUAAUAAUUUACAAUUAAAAAACGCAUUAGAUUUAGAUGGUAAAGAAAUGUUGAUACGUUUUAUUUUCAUAGAUGCAAGUAUCGAAAAGGGUUUACAAUUAAUUGAUCCAAAUUAUAAUACAGAAUCAACAACAAGGGCCAACAUGUACUUACUUAAAGGUGGAGAAGGAGAAGCAAGAAGUAAUUCAUACACUGACAAAAAUAUAGAAGAUCAAGAACAACAACACACACAUUUAGCACCUACAAAUUCAACAAACUCCAUACCUAGAAGUAAAUCACCAUUAGUUUCAAAAUCCAACUCUAGAACAAAUUUAGCUAAUUUAGAUAGACAAGAAGGUUCAGUUUUAAAAUUAUCAAAAUUAAAAGAUUAUCAUAAACCAAGUGAAAUUAAUUAUAAUAUAUCUGGUGAAGAUAUAAGAACAAAAUUAAUGAGUAUUGAGCUUAGUGAUUUAGAUAAAAUCAUUGAAUAUUUAGGAAAUUUAAGAGAUCAAGGAUUAUCUUUGGAGAAAGUUUUCCAUCAAAAUGAUACCAUCAAGAGACAAAGUGAUGAAAGUAAUGAUAAACAAGAUCAUGAUUUAUUGAAUAUUGAAGAGAUUAAACUGAGAUUGGAGAAAUUAUCAACUGAUAAAAAGCAAAAUGAGAAUACAAAUAAUGAGACAAAUACAACCAAUAACGAUAAUUUAAAGAAACCUGUAUGUUUUUUGAAUGAUGACGAUGAUGAUAAUUAUGACGAAUCAGUUGAUAAAAUUGAUUCUACAAUUAAUGAAACUUAUGAUGAAGUAUUAAACAAAUUAACGACAUAA